AAAUGGAUAACUCAUUACCUAACAAGAGAUCAUCCAAGUAAAGAGACACUGAUUAUUAAGAAAAACCUUAAGUAAGCCCAUUCCUAUGAUGUAGUCUAAAAUUAUGUAGGAUACUCAAUAGAGUAGUCAAUAAUACAUAAUUACAGAGGCUACUUUUGAAUUGAUUAUUCGAGAAAGAGAUGCCUUAAUAGAGAGACUAGAAAAUGAGUAAAGGUAAUUGAAAUCCUAACUCGAUCAAAAGAAAAUAGAAUUAUACGAGCUUUCAUAAAGAUUCGCAUCUUAGCGAGGGAACAAUCUCUUGAAACUGUAAUAGUCAGGUAUCUAACUAAAGUAAAUUCAGCCAGAUGCAGAUGCCUAUAAAUGAC